AUUAAGACCAAAAAUCACAUUUUUGUUUCACGAAUUUUUACGAUAUAGCCAAUUAUGACUUUUUGGCUUUGGUAACUAGUGGAAACCCUCUAACUCACUCACACGGUCAGUAUCUGUCGGGGAGAGUCGCUUUCAGCAGAACCGACUGUUGUGUCUGUGGGAUUCAUUUCAAUGAUGAGCUACAGACAGACACGCUUUCCUGCAUCUCCCAUUCUCUAUCUAACUGCAGUAUAUUCGUGUAUUUGCAAGCUUGCUGUGGAUUCUAUCAUACUGUUGAGUCUUCUACGGGUGUAGUCAGAGGCAACGGACCGCCUGAACUAAACUAGCCGCUGAAGUCUCAUCUCGGCGGGGGUCGCAUUUUGUAUAGCACCCUGGUUCAAAGAACCCCCCCAAAAACAAAGAAAUAUGGAGAAGUUGGAAAAUGGAAACAGAUCAGAGGAAAAGUGUGAAUCUCACGAGGAGGAAGAGUUGGACCCCAGGAUCCAGGGGGAGUUGGAGAAGUUGAACCAGUCUACAGAUGACAUCAACCGCUGGGAGACAGAGCUGGAGGACUGUCGCCAGAGGUUCCGUGCGGUGCUGGUAGAAGCCACAGUGAAGCUGGAUGAGCAGGUGAAGAGAAUCGGCAGAGCUGUAGAAGACUCCAAACCUUACUGGGAGGCCAGGAGAGUGGCUAGACAGGCCCAGCUGGAGGCCCAGAGGGCGACGGGGGAGUUUCAGAGGGCGGUGGAGAUCCUUGGGGCGGCUAAAGAGACCAUCGCCCUGGCAGAGGAGAGACUCCUGGAGGAGGACAGCAGACAGUUUGAUUCAGCCUGGCAGGAGAUGCUGAACCACGCCACCAACAGGGUGAUGGAGGCGGAGACGGCAAGGACUCGUAGCGAAUUAGAGCACAGAAAGACGGCGAACCACCUCAACGCCUGCAUCAGUCAUAUGAGACAGCUGGAGAAGAAACUAAAACGCACCAUCAACAAGUCCAGGCCAUAUUUUGAACUGAAGGCAAAAUACUACCUACAACUUGAGCAACUAAGACGACAUGUAGACAAGUUUCAGGCCAAGCUGACCGUUGCCAAGGCAGACUACCGCACAACGCUGCAUAACCUAGAGAACAUCUCCGAAGAGAUCCACUCCCGGCGACACUCCAUCACCAUGGGAACCAGAGGGAGGGGCGUGGGGGCUGAGGGGCAGGGGGGAAAUGAGGACAUCACCAACUUCAAGAUGGAGUCAGACGGACUGUCCUUGGCAUCUGUGACGUUUGAUGAAGGCGGUAACUGUGGUGGAUCAGAGGAAGAGACAAAAACACACUCCACUUCCGCUCCCCUCGAUAUGCCCUCCUCUUCUCUCCAUGCCUACCCCUCCACCCCUCUGGACCUGCCCUCCUCAUUCUCCAUUCUCCACCCCUCCACCCCUCUGGACCUGCCCUCCUCAUUCUCCACCCCCUCUGCCUACCCCUCCACCCCUCUGGACCUGCCCUCCUCAUUCUCCACCCCCUCUGCCUACCUCUCCCCCUGCCCAUCCCUUAUGUCCUCGUCCUGUCCCAGUGCCAUGGAGGGACACAGUCCAGGUGGCUGGCUAAGCCCAGAGUCGAGGUGUGGUUCUCCUCUCCUCGGUCCCCGCUCCCAGUGCAGUGGAGCCUCCUCCCCAGACUGCGACCAGGAAAGAGGGGACAGAGCAGAGGGCGCGGAGCAGAAGUUGGAGGCAGGUCUAAGUAAGCUGACCCUAACAAUAACACACCCACUGCAUCCUGGGAACGACGACUCCAAGGAUGACCCCAAGACGACCUCCAGCUCCGCCACUACAACACAUAUUCCCAACCUUACCAUCCUCCAGACCAACAGCGCCUAACGGACAGACAACUUCACCUCUUACCCUUGACCCUUGACUCAUGACCUUCAAGCCUAAACUCUAACUGAGCUUUUCUAUGAACUUCAGUAACAUUACAAUGUGUUUUAUUCACUCCAGGGACAAACCUAUUCCAUGCAUAGGAAAUAAGGAAUAGUGGCAAUAGGGUGCCAUUUUGGAUCUUGCCCAGAACUGAUCUGGAAUAACCUGGAAGGGGAAAUAAACUUGGGGAUUGUGGGGGAUCAUAGCCAGGCAAGUCUAUUGUCUACACCUUAAAACACUCCAAACCAAGGAAGGGUGUGAAAGAGACAUUGCUAUGGCUGUGUCCCAAUCUUCCAAAAAGGGUGGACUUGCACAAUCACUGUCAUGGAUUUAAAAGCUAUUGAUUGGUGUAAGCUGGGGGGAGUUUCCACUAUUGUGACAUGUUGGAAUGAUCCUGGAGAGAGAUAUGUAAAUAUGGCUGUUGAGCCCCCCCGGCUCCCCUGAUCCCACAACGUGUGUGAGGGGCAGAGGUUACUGUGGUCUCAGCACGCGUGUGUGUGUGUGUGUGUGUGUGUGUGUGUGUGUGUGUGUGUGUUUGUGUGUGUGUGUGAGUGUGUGUGAGUGUGUGUGUGUGUGUGUGUCAGAGGAACAGCAUGUUACUGCAGUUUUUCUCCCUCACAUAGACUGACUGGGGUUGUUACUGCAGUUUUUCUCCCUCACAUAGACUGACUGGGGUUGUUACUGCAGUUUUUCUCCCUCACAUAGACUGACUGGGAUUGUUUGCAAUUACUAUGUGUUGUACGUGUUUGUGUGUGUCGCUAUGCGUGGUAGGUAGGGCGACAGUGUGUGUAGAGACUGUUUCAGUGCAGUUGUAGUGUUGGUGUAUGACUCCUGUAUGGUGUAUGGGGAGAGUACAGCCUGACUCCAGUAGAGAGAGUCUAUAUUUAUGCUCGGUGUCUCUGACCUACACUAUGUAUCUGUUCUUAGAAUAAAACACGUCCUGACACUU